AUGAACGGCAUCUGCAUCUCCUUCGAAUUCCAUCUCCGCCUCCGCCCCCUCCGCAACUGUAAGCGCCGCCACCGGAGAGCUCAUCUGCCUCCCCCUCCCUCAACAACAUUGAUAGAGGUGGGGCGGAGCAAACUUACUGACGAAGACGUUAAAACAUAUUGGCUGGAAUUUCAGAACCAUGCUAACACUGAGAAAUAUAAUCAAGACUUCGUCAAAGUUGCUUUUGGUAAAAGAUGCAGGGGCAAAUACGGUGAUCAUAUAAACAAAUUAAAAAAUAAGAAAAAAAAACCCCCUUAUUUCACUGAAGCCUUAUGGAAGGCUUACUCUAAUGCAUGGAAGGAUCCUAAGCAUGUCAAGGUUGCCAAGAAAUGCUCAGAAAACCGCAAACAAGGGUAUGAAAAGGCCCCGCCCACACAUGCUAAUGGAUCUGUUUCAUUUGAAGUGACGGUAGAAAGAAUGACCAAAGAGAACAACGGGAUAUGUCCUAAAUUUAUAGAAGCCUAUAAAAGAACUCACACGCUAAAAGGCAAAGAUUCAGAAGAAGGAGUGUUGUGUUCGCAGCGCGCCAUUGAAACAAUGGAGAAAGUUAGUGCAAGGGCAGCUGAAUUACGAGCCAACGGGAUAGAAGUUCCAGAUUUAGAUGUCAUUUACUUUGAGCUGUUUGGAAAGCUAAACAAGAGAAAUCAAAUUUCUGGAGCCGGACAAGCAACAAGAAUCUAUUUCCCUAAUGCUGGCAGUUCGUCCACUGGUGGCUCAGUUGGAGUUAGCGCGGAAGAGGUCCAGCGACAGGUACAAGCAAUGCGAGAGCAAGUCACUAUCGAGGUGCGCGAGGACAUGGAGAAAAAAUAUGAGGCGUCGGUCGAGGACUUGGAGAAGAAACAUGAGGCGUUGGUGGCUGAUAUAGAAAGGAAAAAUGCGGCGAAACAUGCCGAAUUAGUGAGACAAAAUAAGGAGAUGCGCUCGGAUUUUGAGAGAAAGAAUGAGAGGAUGUUACAACAAAUGAUGAACCUUAGUGAACAAGUUAAGCAAAUGAGAAGUGAAAAAUAG